UUUGUUUGACGUUGUAUCCGGACAAAUCUAAGCUAACAUUGUCCAGAAUACAAAAUUAUAAAUGAAUUGCUAGUAGCUUUAAGAUUGUUUGACAUGUUUGGCAUAUUUGGUGGAUGAAAGGACGAAUUACUCGCUGUGUUGUAUCAACUUUAUUCUACUCGUCGUCUCUUUCUAGCCAACUAUUUAGCUACAUAUGGCAGGGACAGUUCAUUGUUAGCCUAGCUUUAGCCAUGCUCUCAGACUUCGCUUUCACUUGUCUUCUGGGUUGCGGCUUGCUUGCGACAGGGACCACGGCUACUAGCUAGCUUGUUAGCUAGCUAGCUAAGCAUUUUCUCUAGUAUCAACGUCGUUUUUGUGUUUUCUUAUUUGUGCUUUAACGUUUCUCGGAUAUUUCAUUAUUGGUCUCAUUCCGUUUAGAAGCAACACUGUGUAGAAACUCCACUAAGUCCGCUUUAACGAAUAAACUUAGCUGUUAGCUUAGUUGGCAAGCUAGGCAGCCGGCUAACUUUGAGGAAACGUCUCUUGGCUUGAUGACAUUUAAGUCGGUGUUUACGUUGUAUUGACCCCGUUAUCUUCAUUAAGGGUUAGGGUGUCAACGUGUGCUAACUUUUGCCACCACUCAGCCAAGGAUCGGAGUUUUCAUUUAUCUGGUUUGUGAUCAUUUUUCCUGCCACGAUGGCUUCUUCCUCUGGAAACGACGACGACCUCACGAUCCCCAGGGCAGCUAUCAACAAGAUGAUUAAAGAAACUCUCCCUAACGUACGAGUGGCUAACGACGCCAGGGAGCUCGUGGUUAACUGUUGCACAGAGUUCAUACACCUCAUAUCUUCGGAAGCCAAUGAAAUAUGCAACAAGUCAGACAAGAAAACCAUAUCUCCUGAGCAUGUCAUCAACGCCCUUGAAAGCCUCGGUUUCGCAUCAUACAUCACCGAGGUGAAAGACGUCCUGCAGGAGUGUAAAACUGUGGCUCUGAAAAGGAGGAAGGCCAGCUCUCGACUUGAGAACCUGGGCAUCCCAGAGGAAGAGCUCCUCAGACAACAACAGGAAUUAUUUGCCAAGGCACGGCAGCAGCAGGCAGAGCUUGCCCAGCAGGAGUGGUUGCAGAUGCAGCAGGCCGCCCAGCAGGCACAGAUGGCGGCAGCAUCUGCCAGCGCCGCCCAGCAGGCCGGUUCCUCUCAGGAUGAAGACGAAGAGGAUGACAUGUGAUCCCAGGACGCCGUUCAACUUGUCCAACUCCCUUCCUGGGACAGUGUUGGCACACAAAUCUCCCAGUACUGUCAUAGGCAGAGACGUGAUGCGUGUUUCACAGCUGGUAUACAUCAGUGAAACAUGGGAAAUGCACAUUUGGAAUGGACAGUGAAGAGAAUGAUGGAGGGGGAUUUGAAGAUUGCCACCCGUUCAUAUAACAGUACCUGCAAAUGAUUUGGAUUGAGAGGCUGUUGAUGAAGUUUUUGAUUAGUCUCAUCUCCCCCCUUUUUUUCUAAUUGCUUCUGUUAAAUUUUGUCUUGAUCUUAUGUUGUGAGUAAUUUGUAGAAUUCUGGAUGUGUUGUGGACACCCUGAAGGCAGCCGUUGCCUGGGAUUUGUCGGUGAAUUUCAGUGAUAAUGCUGCAAGUGUUCGCUCAAUAGCUUACUUUUGUUAUCCAUUUUACUGGAUCACUUUGGUGGUUUAGGAGAACUGGUUUGGAAUAAUUUCAGAGAUGUCAAUUCCUCCUUUCUUGUGGUUUGAUGGUCAUUUUUACAGGAAGGGUUUUCUUCACCCCGUCUUGGUAUAUUUGUUCAACAGAGGAUGAUUUGAGCGCUUGUGAAUAUUGGAAUUGUUUUUGUCAAGUAGAGGAAUAAAUUGACAUUUAGCUUAAUUUUAGCUCAGUCAAAUAUUUUAUGUUGCAUACUCUUCUACCUUGAACCACACACAGUAUUGCUCAUUAGCUGCACCUUUCAGAAACAGAAUAUUUUUGUCUCAUAGAACCAAAGACAGAGGACAGACUAACAGCCCAGACUUAGUGUAUUUUAAAGGUGUAGGUGCUAAUGUAAUUCUUGUUGCUGACUCCAGGUCUGUUAAGGAUUAUCAACCUAUGACUUUGUAAGAUGCUUUGAUAUUCAGGCUGAAUUUGUUAUUUCCCCUCUGCACGGGUGCAGUAUCAAACAUUUGCAUUGUGACUGUGGUCAGUCCUCAGUGUAAAGGCAAGUAACCUAGUUGUGAUACACAUACUUCAAACUUGUAUUCUUUAAGCAAUAAAGGAAUUGUGUUUUAUA